CGGAAUUGUUCAUAUUUAAGAGGGACUUUUGUUUGUGGAGGUUCCCAGUAUCAUCUUAAAUACAGCAACAAUCUGCUGCCCGACAAGCUCGGUCAACCCGAGAAGCUCGGUCUAACAACUUUCUGAAAUCUAGCGAUUUAACAACGCAAGAGUAACUAGGGAAUUGAGAGAAGACGAUGGAAUUUACAAGCACGGCGCCGUGGCUCGAAGCCACUCACUCCUGGAUAUUAGCCAGCAUAAGUGAGCAUACCCACUCUUUUUAAGUGUACAAAAGAAGAAAGAACAAUUUCCAGCUGCUUGAAUUUCUAUAAUUUUCUUGACGGGUUCAAUUAUGCGCGUACCGCGUGCACCGCAGGAGAGAUGAUAUAGAUAGGGCCUGAUUUAAUAAGCGAUACAUUUAUCCUAACUGAAAUCACGCUGUCUGUAAUAGCCAAACACAGAGUUAAUAGUUUGGAGAGGUUCGGGUUAAGCAGCUCCCUUAAGAGGUUUCACAAGCAAAGGUAAACAUUAUUUCAAAUUGGCCUCAGACGGUAUUUGGAACAAGAAUAAGGACAACGUACGAAUCCAUUGUAGUUUGCGUGUGGAGAUACAUUGAUAAGAAAUGGGGUGGCUUGUAUACUUUUUAUUAUUUACCUUAGGGUUACCUGGAAGUGAGAGCAUUGGAACAUUUCUGGAUAACGUAAUAGUCGACACCACCGUCGGCCCCCUGAGGGGAGAGAUAUUGAGGACUCCCCUUGGAGUCUUGUCCAGAUUUCUUGGAAUUCGUUAUGCAAAGGCUCCAAUAGGGAAUCUACGCUUUGAGCGUCCCCAGAAACCUCCAAGGAGCUCUGACGUCGUCAACGCCACCGCUUUCGGUGACAUGUGCCUUCAGGAUCUCAAUGUACAACUGGAGACCGUAUUCCCGAGGACUUACGUUAAUAAGCGCUUCCCACACACCCGCAUGAGUGAGGACUGCUUAUCGCUGAACAUUUACGUUCCAGGUUCCUUGCUGAACGCAACAUCGAUUGCAGAAAGGCGGGCGUUAGCGGUAAUGGUGUACAUUCACGGGGGCUCCUGGGAGUGGGGCACUGGCAUGAACUUCGAUGGUACCAACAUGGCCCUGUUGGGUGACGUCAUCAUAGUAACAAUAAAUUACCGCUUGGCCCUAUUUGGAUUGUUCUCCACUGGAACUUCUGCAGCCCCUGGUAACUAUGCUUUCGAGGACCAACUGUGCGCCAUACACUGGGUGAGGAAUAAUAUUGAAGCGUUUGGGGGAAACGCCUCCUUGAUCACACUGUUUGGCAACUCCGCUGGAGCCGCUUCGGUGGCUCUCCAUCUGAUGAGUCCACGAAGCAGGGGUCUCUUCCACAGGGUUAUCAUUCAAAGUGGCACGUACCCGCCUGGGGACGAGACGGCGAACGCGCUGAUGGGCCCGUCCGUUAGCGAGAACAGUUUGGAAUUAGCACGCCGUUUGGAAUGCGAAAGUGACAACAUCGAGGAAGUCGUGGAAUGCAUGAGAGGUAAAACGGCGCUUGAAAUAAAGCAAGUCUUUGACGAAUACAAAAACGAAAAAGAUGGGAUUUUCUCUCAGCCUUUACAACCGCGUUUUGAUGACGACUUUUUGAGUGCCGAUGAUGUUGCCAGAGGCAACGCUGAAGGGGUACCUGUGAUGCUGGGAACAGUAAACGAUGAAUUUGCAUUCAUCUUUGCAAUAACUGGAAAACUUCACACGCUUGAUGGUAUUCAGGAUCUUGCUGAUGAAUACAUCGACAAUUUCAUACACAGUAAGAAAAUGAAGCUAUUCUUAAAGUAUCAGUACCUUGGUGAGAACUUCAGCAACGCGCCCCCAUCAGUUGUGCGUCGGGCCUUUUUGGACGCCAUGACGGAUCUAAACUUCUUGAAACCAGAUUAUUUAGCGGCUAAUGAGUUUAGUAAUAAAAGUAACGUCUAUGCAUACCAUAUGACACACAAGUCCAGUUUUGCUCAUUGGCCGGACUAUGUCCAAGCAGUGCACAUGGACGAACUUUACUAUGUGUUUGGAGACGUUUUUGAAAAAGAUUUAUUCGGACAAAAUGCCCCAACAGAAGAAGAAACCAAACUUAGUGAAUACAUGGUUAAUGCCUGGACAAACUUUGCUAAAACUGGGGAUCCAAAUACACCCUCACCCUUGAUCAACGGAAGUAGACCCCUUUGGCUGCCAUACACGGUGGAUAACAAAUAUUAUUUAGAAUGGACUGCAAACCUGUCGCAGCAGUCUCUAAAGAAAAAUCUCAGGCUCAGAGAAAUGGUACUUUUGGUGGACGUGUUGGAGAAAAUGAGGAACAGUUUUGAAAUAGCUGUUCCCCCAGGCAUGCUGUGUAUGGUUACGGAAAACAUGAAACUGUUUUCUGUGAUGCUCGGUGUUAGCGUUUUCUUCCUAGUUGCAUUUCUGGUAAUGCUGACACUUUGGUGUAGACAGAGACGAGCGAGGCAAUACGGCAUGUGAGCCUUUAGGAGCAGUGUUGUCAGUCAGCCAAUCGCAGCAUUAUGAUUUGAAAUACACGUGGACCGGAAGGAUACGGCAGACGAAUACAUGCAUUAAGUGCUCACGUCAAAUUUAAACUGCAUUAUAAAUGUCAUAUCACAUAUAAUAGGUGAUAAUGAAGAAAACACAUUUCCAGGCGUGUAGGCUAAAAGUCGUAAUGCCGAAAGAGGAAUUAAUCUGCAGUAAAUUUGGCAGUGGAAUGUCUUGUUAUCAUUGGAAAUCUUUCCCAGCGCAUGAGAGGCGCUGCGUUAAAGGGAUCGCUCUUGUAUCACACUAUACAAGAGAACAAGAUCACGCGUGCUUAAAUUAUGUGUGAAAUGAACUGAUAAGAAACUUGGAACGAUCCAUGUAAUCACUUACGGAAAGGAAUUUUAAAAGAUUUCACACUUUCCCCCAGGGGGUUUUCUGAACAAUAAUUGGAACGACUGCACAUUAAAAGAAAGUUUUUGUACAUUUUAGCCAAAGCGGCUGUAUAUAUAUUUAUAACUGUAAAUUGUUUCUCUUAAGUUAAAACAAAUCUAGCUUGUGUAAACACUUCUCUUUGUGACAGUAAACUUUGACUUUGGUAUAUGCAUAAAUACAAGACUAAGCAAGAGAUUAGUUGGGUAAACCAAAUUACGCCAAAGAAAUCAACAAAUAAUACAAUAUAUGUAAUGCAAGCCAAUAGCUAUAAUAUGAUUUUAAUGAGGCUAGAGGCUGAGGUUAGAGAUCUAUAAUUAUGUUUAUGUUUGGCAGCCGCUUGUAUAUUCUGUCAAAAAAGUAUCAAAUGUCUAUAUUCGUAAAGAUAACAAUAUAUAUCAUAUUAACCUCUGUACUCUAUAUCAGCCUGUGACUCGGUGACUGAGAUGGAAUUUUUAUAAUAAAAACUAUGAAACUGAACCUAUUUAAAAUAGCUAUUUAUUUGUGCAUAAGCACAUAUUUGCUGAAACCGGGCAUUGGCAGAUUAUUUGCAUAUUUUACCGACGAAAUGGCCCCACCCAUUACC